CUUUUAAUGUUGCACCUUUUCCUCGGGUUGCAAAGAAAGAGAAACCUGUCUGCCUUGGGCUUUUGUUUUUCACCUUGGGUUUUUCACCUUGGGUUUUUCCCCACCAUAGCCUGCGGCAUGGGAACUAGGACCUUACAGCAAUAUGUUGUAUACCACGGAGAGAGCCCUCACUCUUUAUCUAUCGUCCUAUGGUGGGUGGCCCCAAUUUUUAACCAGAAUCAGGUCGUUGGAAAACGUACACACGUAAAAACCUACUUUCUUGAGACAUUUCAGCAAUGAAGACGAUUGCUUUCAAUCCUAGGCUACUGACUAUCGUUCUGGUGAUAUUCAGCUAUGCGGAUGCCAGAGGAAUUAAAUUCAAAGCUCCAAAGCCUCCCAAACCACACAUUCCGUCCGUUAGUAUACCAAAACCCAAAAUUCCCGUGAUUGUUCCUGUGCCUAUUAUUCUUCCCGUCGGUGGUUUCGGUAGCGACUAUUAUUUCAACAGAAACCAUUACAUCAACAGAAACAGCAGGCUACAGUGUUAUUCCUGCGAAGGCAGCGACAACGAUCUCUGCGCAAUCAGUCCAGCUACCAGCUCAAGAAAAGUGACAUGUGCAGAGAAAAACAUGUUUUGCAGCGUCGUCCGGAAAGAAAUUCCCAUAGAUGCGGUAACGGUAUCCAACGUUACAUCACCAACGAUGACCAAUCAAACAGUUCUCGUUUCUAUUGACUCACAAAGUUCGACCGUGUCGCCAUCAUCCACCUCCGAACUAUUUCCGGGGAAAACGCCCACCACUGAAGGAAGUAUUUCGUCCUCCAGUGUCGAUUCCUUGAUAACGGAUACCUCGGUUGCUAACGGUACGAUCGAACUCGAUGACGGUGGGAAUUCCACGUCACUGUCACGAAGUACCCGAACCACGGCCGUGCGCGUUGUGAUUCAACGGGGUUGCAAAUCAUUGGACUUUAUCGAAGGUGUAUUGCUAUCCGCGACCACCAGAAAGAAUAGUAACGAAUCGGAGUAUGUUAAUGCACAACUGUGUACGACGAACUUGUGCAAUUCAGGCGAUGGACGUCUGAGAUGUUACGAAUGCACUGGAAUGGGCCAAAAUGACAGCUGCAUGGUUAAACCAUCCACCUCGGCUAAAGUGUUAAUGUGCCAACCGAAAGAAGCUUGUUAUGUAGAACGAAAGACGGUCACGUCUAAUUCGAGUUCCACCAACUCUACUGAGGUGGAAAUAACGGUUUCAAGAGGUUGUAGAGCAGCCUCACGAACUGACGAUCAGAACGUCAUUUCUAGGAAUGAUGGCAAAUUGGAAAUGUCAUGUCGCUUGAGCGAUUUCUGUAACUCUUUUGACGCGAAUAGGCUUAAACGCUCGAAUUCUGCAUCAGGAAACCACGCAAAAUUUUCGUCCUUGGUUGUAAUAUUCCUUGUUAUCCAUUUUCUUAUCCAAAAAAAAAACAUGCUGUUUUAAAAAUAGGCAGAGUUGUAUUCUAGCAACGUAUAACUUAUUUAUGAUUCAUGAUUUCAUGUGGAAUUUCCUAGUUUGCUUUUAAAAUUGCAUAAGCAAACAGGGUUAUGUUCUUAUUAGAUUAGACAUGUUGAGCAACGGAAAACAUACAUUGCAGAAACGAACAAUACAUCACUUCUAAGCAGAUAA